AUGACAACACGCAACCUAAACGGCAAUUGGAUUGACACUCUCCGAAGACAGUACGUCUACGACCUGAAAGACGACUCUUCCCAUCCCAUUAAAUACCUUCUUUACAACCCCCACAAGAAGCAAGACUUGUACUUUGUUAUCCCCAACAAGAUCGAAGAGCCGCAACUGAGACGCUCUCUUGUCAAGUAUCACCUGUCUACCAAGGCAAACAUGAAGUUCACCCUCGCCACCGCUCUUCUUCUCCUCGCUCCCGCGCUUAUCGAAGCCUGGAAGUUCGAGGUGUUCGAAGAAGAUUGCAUCACCUCCACUGACUUCAACGAGGGAGAUGACGAUGUAGAGUGUGAGGACACGGCGGAGCCGCACGGCUGUUUCCGCAUCUCUGAGAUGGGUAGCUGCGAGAUCUUCUUCCAUGCCGAUGCUGAUGAGUGUGAGGAUGGUGAGGUCACUAUGUCGUACACGGCUACGGACCAGGAUCGCGAUAUCACGCCUGACUUUGAGUGGAACAACUGGAGCGUUCAGUGCUAA